AGCCCGCACGCAUCGAGUCACUCCCCUCUGCCUCUGCCUUCUCCUCGCCAUUCGCAUCGCACUCCCAGAUCUCCCCUCCUCCCCCACGCCUCCUCUCUCGAGUCGCCACGAUGGCCGACGAGACCCUCGACCCGCCGCCGGACGCGGCCCCAUCGACGCCGACGCCUCCCGUCACCCCCGCGGCGCUGCUACGCCCGCGGCGGGAGGCGUUCGAGUACGGCCUCCUGCCCAUCCCCAAGCUCAUCUUCCCGGAGGGCACGCUGGCGCAGACCCUCGCGCAGCUCAAGGAGAAGCUCGCGGCCGCGGCGGGCCCCGGCGGGCGCGUGGGCGCCGCGGCGCUGGCGGAGGCGCUGCAGAUCCCGCAGGAGCAGGCGGCGCUCGCGCUCGGCACGCUCGCGGCCGUGCUCCCCGGCGAGGACCCCGCGCUCGGGGACGGCGCCGGGGACGCCGCGGGCGCGGACAUCCGCGACGUGCUGCUCUUCCUCUACAUCCAGUCCUACAAGCGCCUCGUCCCGCGGAACGCGCACAAGGACUCGCCCGCCGUCGCGGACGUCUGGCCCUCCACCUCCGCGUUCGAUGGGUACCUCUCCGCGCUCUCCCCGAUCCAGCUUGUUCGCAGUAAUAGCCGUCGUUUUAUGCCUUCUCAAGCAGAUGAAGAAAUUCAUCAGUUAUCCUAUCUGCAAAAGCAUAUGGCAAAUAUUCUUACUCUCUUGGCAGAUUCUGUUGAGGGUGAGGGUGACGAUUCUCUGGUAUUGACAAUGGAGAGUUUUGAGCACCUUGGAUUUCUAGUUCAAUUUUCAGAAGGAACUUCCUUAAGCCAGGCUGCUACAUUUUUUGCGAACUCGGAUCCAGACAUGCCUGCUGCUCCUGUCACUGCAGCGCAUGUUCUUGAUUGGAUGUCACAGAACAUAGCUUCUUCACUGGAAUAUUCUGCUGAGAGGUCCGCAGCAAAGGAAAGCAACCAGCAAACUGUGUCUGAUCUUGAUGUAACCAUGGCUGAGGCCAAUACAAGUCAUCCACGGAACAGCACACCAAGUUCCAAUCCUGCAUACUACAGAAAUGUAACGUUUGUGGAGGGCUUUUCAAAAACCUCUGUUGUCAAGCAUGCAUCUGAUGUCAAAGGGAAUUCAAUAAAGGUUCUGAACUGCCAUGAUUCUGUUAUCUACAUAUUAGCACCGCUGAAGUAUGCUACCGUGUACGGUUGUUCUGAUGCUACUGUUGUUCUAGGUGCUGUUGGUAAGGCAGUAAAGGUGGAGCAUUGUGAAAGAGUGCAUAUCAUUGCAGCUGCAAAACGAAUUUGUAUUGCCAACUGUCGUGAGUGCAUCUUCUACUUGGGAGUUAAUCACCAACCUCUUGUUUUGGGGGACAACCAUAAAUUACAAGUUGCCCCAUUCAAUACAUGCUACCCGCAGCUGCGGGAUCAUUUGAUGCAAGUUGGUGUCGAUCCCAGUAUCAACAAAUGGGACCAACCUUUUGUGUUGGGAGUUGUUGAUCCACACGAUUCAUUAUCCCAUCCUGCUGGGGUUUCUGAUGUUAAGGCUGAAUCUGCUACAUGUCUGGAUCCUGAUCUAUUUACAAACUUUUUGAUUCCUAGUUGGUUUGGGGAUGAAAGGCAAGAGCCCACAAGCUGCAAUCCUUUCCCAUUGCCUGAAAUUUAUGGGGCAUUCCAAAGCAAAAAGCGUUCUGCUUUGGAAGAUAUUCAGAAGACCAUUCGGGAGCUGCAGCUUGAUGAGAAUCGGAAAAGGGAAUUAGCGACUGCCCUUCAUGCACAGUUCAAGGAUUGGUUAUAUGGUCUUGUCUGGAAAACUCAAUUUGUUUUCAUGGGAGUAACUGGAAAUCCUUUUGUUUCAUGUCCUCAGCUUCGGGCAAUAUCCGCCAGCUCUACUGUCUACAAGGUGAUUAACCAUGCAAUGAUUUGCACUCAUAAACGGAAUUGCACACCUGCAAGACCGUUUAUCCUUUGCCGACUCCAAAACAUUCGACGAUUGUCGAAGCUGACCUUCCCCGGAGAAGAUUUCCGCCAGCUCACCUACCCAGCAUGUAGUAUUCACACAAGGAUGUAAAAAAAACGUGGACGUGUACUAUUUCCUUUUUUUUUUUACAGAUUCAUGAUUUCCCAGUUUCCCCAAAUCUUCUCUUUGCUUGAGUUGGCUACUUAAUUAGGAUGUAAUCUUGUUUUACUGGUGUUUACUCAUUUUUUGCCCUUCAUAACACCCACGAGUAUGUAAUAGGGAUCAAUGGAUCAACACGGUUAAAUAAACGUUUCAUUUCUUUUUCUUAAACAGCUUUUGAUUUGUCCAUGUAAACCUGUACGGAUCAUUGUUAUAGAGAAGUGCAUUUGUUAUC